AUGGAUGCUCGCAUGACACUCCCGGAGGAGUGGAAACUCGCCCCCCUCAGCCGACAGGGCCUCACAUUCUUCGCUACGAUGCGAAGUCGCAGGGGUCUAACCCAGCUGAUCAAACUCGCAAAGAUCGCCCGAACCGAGCAACGGCCUUCUGGGGCGGCGCUGGUUCUGCCCAUUGGAGAUGUGGAGGGUGCUGGAAAGGAUGACGAAACGAUCGCAGGAACGGAUGAUGAAACGAUCGUAGGAACGGACGACGGAACGAUUGACGAGAAUGAUGCUGGGACGGAUGCUGGAACGGACGCUGGAAUGGCCUCAAUGGUCUGCAUGGUCGAGCUGGCUCAGAGUAUCCGGCGCCUCGAAGAUCAAGAGCUGGUGUCCAGUCUCAUCACAAGGCUUUACGAGAUCUCUCUGUUCCAAGCGAUGGAGCUGGACCGUUCCGAGGACCCAGUGCGCGCAGCUGAAGACUUCUCCAGCAUGAUGGAGAGCUCUGGGUGCGACAACGACAUGGUGAAGUACCACACGCUGAUGGGGAAAAAGUCGUUCUUGCUUUGCGGUGGUCACAUUGGCUUGGCCGCGCUGAUGCCGUUGAGCGCCCACGGUGAGUUGGACCAUCGCCAGGAACUCGGUUUAGAGGAAGCGACCGCCAUUGGGGCCUUGUUUCACGACGACUGGGCCAGGAAGAUGUGCAGCCUGGGUCAGGAUCUCUCCUACAUUCUGAAAGACAACGAGACACGCCAGUUGCCCCUUGACCGAGUUGCUGGCGAUAUGCAAUGGGCAGUCAUGUCCGAGUGGGACGGCGUGGUUGACAAGUGGGCCAAGUAUCCAUGCCGUUGCGAUGAUGAUUAA